AUGCAAGUAGACGCAGGAAGAAGACCAUAUUUGACGGGAAAAAUAAAACUUUCUUGGCUAUUCUGGAGAACGCUUCUCGCUAAUGUCUAUUUAUGCUCGCCCCUUCUCUACGUCCCUCAGAAUCUACCACGUAAAGGAGGUCCUGAAGCUACACGAGAAAAGGGAAAAGAUUUGAUAACAUCUCAUGUUAACCGGAAAUCUUCCCAAUCUUCAUCGAUUUGGUUUUCGAUUCCCUGCUGGAAUGAAAUGGGAUUAAUGGAAGAAUCGGAUGUGUUGAAAAACUGCAUAUUAACGUGGACAGGGAAUCAAGGAAAUGCUCCCAUUCCAAGUUCUAUUUUUUUUCUUAGAUAUCCAUCCUCUCGUUAG